GUGAAGUGAAGGACACAAAUGAAUGGAUCUGGCAUCGAUUUCGUCGUCGUUGGUGACAUCUGCCAGACGCCAUCCAUCGAUGACCUCGCCAUCCUCACCAACACGGCCCUUGCAGUCGGAUCUGACGGCUCGAUUGUGUGGCAGUGCCCAGCCGAGGAUGUGAGCGAUAUCGUUGAGGCGCAUGCUGCUCAAGGACGCCUUCAGCGGCUGUCCAAGGGUCAGUUCCUGACGCCCGGAUUCAUUGAUACGCACAUUCACGCGUCACAGCACAGGUAUGUCUAUAGAUCAGGCGGAUCCAUAUCAUUGGAUGCUCGGCCUGCAGUGCAGUUGCCUGCAGGGCAGUGCAGUAUGCACUGCAGGAAUGCUAUGGGUGCCAGCUGACUCUUUGCUUCUGUGUGUGUUACAAUCAAUGCGAUAUGAUGUCAUGCAUUGGCUGCAGCUAUGCGGGCACCGGCAUGGACAAGCCGUUGAUGGAGUGGCUGGACGCAUACACAUUCCCCGUGAGGGAGGGAGGGAGGGAGUCAAGCGGUCCAUCUGUCGUGUCUAUGGCCAUGCACUCAUCAGUAAGGUCCAUUCAUUGUUCCAUCCUCUCGUCAGGUAGAGCGUCAGUUUGCCCAUCUGCCGACAGCUGAGGUGCACUCUCUCUACCGCAGAGCUGUCAGACGGACACUCCGGAACGGCACCACGACAGCCGUGUACUUCGCCACGGCUGACAGACAAGUACGCACACACGCGGGCUUGGUUGUGCACACACACACGCAUGAAAUGCACAUUACACAUUGUCUGUCUGUCUGACUGUGGGCGUGGCGUGUCAUUCAGGCGAGUGAAGCCCUUGCUGACGUGUGUGCAGAGGAGGGGCAGCGGGCCUUCGUGGGCAAGAUAUCGAUGGACAGGCACUGCCCUCCUGGUUACUGCGAGACCACUGAGAAGUCACUUGAAGAGACGGCGAGAUUCAUCGAGUCCUUCAGGCAACGCCCAUCGAUUGUGCAGCCUGUAGUGACACCACGGUUUAUUCCCACAUGCUCGGAUGAGCUGCUGGCAGGUACGCAUCGCAUGCAUUUACAGUGCACAGGGUCAGGCACAGCACAGACGCGCGGCGAAUCCUUCCCUCUGUCCUUCCCUCGUGCUGUUUUAGGUCUCGGUGCGUUGGUUCGCGAGCACGGGUGCCACGUACAGUCGCACAUGAGCGAGUCAAUAGACGAGAUGCAGUUCGUUGAGGCGAUCCACCAGCUUAAGGAUGACCACCACAAGCACAACCCGUAUCCUCCAUGCCCCACGGAUGCUGAGAUAUUCGAUCGACACGGCCUGCUGACCGACCGGUGCAUCAUGGCCCACGCCAUAUACCUCUCUGAGGGCGACGUGGAGAGGCUGCGGGCCAGGGGGACCGCCAUUGCACACUGUCCUCUGUCCAACUUCUACUUCGCGGGUGGAUUGCUGCCCGUUCGGUCGCUGUUGCGUAGUGGUGUCCGUGUCGGUCUUGGUACUGAUGUUGCUGGCGGAUAUUCACCCUCCAUGAUCAACGCCAUGCAGCACGCAGGUGGGCACAGAGACACAUUACACAUACACACAUGGGCAAGGCAGCCGCAUGACGGUCUUCCGCCUCUGUCGUGUGUGCAGUGACUGCUAGCCGUGCCCUGUCCAUCCAACAGCACCAUGAGCGCCAUCGGCUGGCGGGUGUGAAGCCGUGGGAGCCCUUCCCUGCAGGCUCGUCUGACACCACUAGCCCUGCUCUCGACUGGGUGAAUGCUCUGUAUCUCGCCACACGGGGCGGCGCAGAGGCCCUCAACAUGGGCAAACAGGUGCGGUGCACACACAGCCACCCCACCUACAUGAAAGGAAGAGCCGCACGUGAGCCAUGUGUCCUCCGGUGCGUCGUGGUGUGGUGUGGUGUGGUGUGUUCAGUUGGGGCUGCUGGCUGAGGGCUAUCGCUUCGAUGCCGUGUUGUGGGAUGUGACUAUCGGCGACAACAUCGACUUCACCGGCAGUGAGAGUCGUCGGGAGCAGCUGGAGAAGCUGAUGCACCUCGGCGACGACCGCAAUAUCGCCUGUGUGUGGGUGGAUGGGCAAGUCAGCUGCCGCAGACGGGACAGACCGGCGCAGGCAGACUGUAAGGCCAGGGCCAGGGACAGCAACAGCGUCAGCUGGAGGGCCGACAAUCGGUCUGCUCACCGACAGAUGGGGGCGUGACGUUUCUGUUGCGAGACGGAAGGGUCAUGGAUGAGUGCUUCAUGGAUAUACACACGCACAGAGAGGCGAGGCAGGUCUGCAUGAGUGUCUGGAUGGAUCGAUGGAUGGAUGGAUCGGUCAGCUCUCUCUCGGUGGCGUCACGUCAAAGCCAUUCCACCAAGAGACAGACAACACUGACUGACUGCAUGAAUGCAAUGCGUUGAUUGACACGUGAAAAUGUGAAAAUGGG